AAAAAAAACAUUACGUGGGCUACCUAAAAUGAGCUCCGUUCAGUCAACAAAUAAUUUAAACUUAAAUAUCUUAAACUAAUGAUUCCAGGAGCUUUACACAAUGUACUGGAAUGGGAUCGGUUACACAGCAUCAGCGGUGUAACCAAUGGAGGGAAAACCACUCUCAUCAACCAACUGAUCAAGAACCUGCCCAACUGCUGCAUGCUCCAUCAAGAGGACUUCUUCAAGCCUCAAGAUCAGAUUGAAGCUGGUGAAGAUGGCUUUAAGGAGUAUGAUGUCAUUACUGCUCUGGACAUGGACGCCAUGAUGAGUACGAUCAACUUGUGGCUGGAGAAUCCGGUGAAGUUUGAGAAGUCUCAUGGCGUUAAUAACACCUUGGAUACAGAGAUUGCCCUGAAGUCGGACCACAAUGAGAAGGAGGAGACUCACAUCCUUAUUGUGGAGGGCUUCCUGCUUUACAUCUACAGACCUUUGAUCGACGUGCUGAACCAACGUUACUUUAUUUCCAUCCUAUAUGAAGAAUGGCCCCCCCACGGCCUGUUCGAUGGCCAUGUCUGGUCUACCUUCCCUCCGUCUUUUAACACCACUUCCCAGCUGCUGAUGGACGAAACAUGA